GGCGGGGCCUGCGGAGCCCGGAGCGGCUCCGGGGGUUCCGAGCGCGCGUGGGGCCUGGCCGGUGGGGAGACGUGAUUCUGUGAAGCUGAGGCUCUGGCUUGCUGCCUCCCUGCAGCCAUGCACUCCCUCGUGUUCCUCUGUGCACAGAAGGUGGUUUCCCACCACUCCACGGUGCGCGGUGCCUUGGAGUUCAUCCCAAAGGAGUUAUAUCCAGUCUUGUUCAAGGCAGCUUUCAUGGACAAGAGGACUCUUGUGCUGCAAGAUCUGGUGCAGACAUGGCCUUUCCCAGUACUUAGUUUCCAGAAGCUUUUGCGGAAGUGUCAGCACUGUGACCGUGCUCUGCUCCAGGAAAAGCCCAACAAGUUAUGUGUGCAGACUGUCAUCCUGGGAGUGGUGGCCUACCUGAAUGAGGCUCUCGAAGACCAACUUCCCAGCCAAAGCAAGAGGCAGUGCCUGCAGGUUCUAGACAUGACGGGGCUUCAGGACGAUGGAAUAGACCAGGGCCCAGAAAGCAUGAGCCUGUGGUCCAGGACGGUGACCCUGGCGAAAGCGUGCAUUGAUGUUUCCAAGCACCAGAGCAAGUGCACCAAGCGCACCUCGAAGCGGAGGAAAGGCCCCUACAGCAGCUCGGUGGCUCUGCCGCCGCCACGGCCCGUUUCUGUGGAAGUCCACGUGGAUCUCUUUGUGAACAGCACCUCUUACGGAGUCCUUAAAGAUGCCUUGCAGAACAACGCUAACAGCAUGCUGCGGCUGAAGUGCAGGGACUUCCGGGCUGAGGAGCUGCCCAUUGCAAGUACCGUGGGGCUCCUGGAGUUCCUGGAUCCCACAGGUGUUCGGCAGGUGGAUCUGAGAUUCAAUAACCUGGGGCUGUCUGGCCUGAGGGUGAUUCUCCCGCACAUGGCAAAAUUCACCAACCUGGUCAGCCUGAAGCUGCCCUACAGCAACAUUGAUGUGAGGCGGCUCUCAGCGGGAAUGGAAGGAAGCCUCCACUACUUCGCCACCCAGCUCAGUAGAUUGUCCUGUCUCAAGGAGCUGAAUUUGGGCUCCUCCAGGCUUUCCGGGAAGCUAAGGCAGCUGCUGGGCAAUUUGCAGGGUCCCUUGGAAAGCCUGGAGCUGGCCUUCUGCUACCUGCUCCCCAAUGACCUCGCCUACCUUUCACAAAGCCUUCACACCCCCACCCUGAAGAAGCUGGACCUCAGCGGCAACAACUUGUCUGACUCGCUUCUCCAGCCCUUCCAGCGUCUCCUAGAAGAGGCUUCUUCAUCCCUUCUCCACCUGGACAUCAUGGAGUGCCGCCUGAUGGAUAUCCAUCUGGAAUCACUUUUCCCCGCCCUGUGCCGCUGCUCUCAACUUCGCUACUUGGGGGUGUUUGGCAACCCCCUCUCUAAGCGGGGGCUGAAGAACUUGCUGCAGAGGACCAUGGGCCUGUUGUACUUGCAGCUCGUCAUUUACCCCUACCCUGUGGACUGUUACAGUGAGACCCUGCCAUGGCCCCCCACCUCCUCUAACCUCUUGAAUGGUUCUGUGGAUGAAGAGAAGUUUUCCAGGGUGAGCGCUGAGCUGCAACAGAUGCUGCUGACUGCAAGCAGGACCGAUGCUGUCUGGACCACGAAUUUAUGCAGGCACAAUACCUUAGAUUAUUUUAAUUUGUAGCUCACCAGGAAUGCAAAACGAAGGAGAAAACAAACUGAUCAGGCUUUUCAUUUUUAAUGCCCCUUCAAAGUUGAGCGGUUCAGUGGAUGCAGCAACAACACUUUUAUACACAUUUUUAACAGCAUCUGUUUAGAGCAUGAAUUCAAAUGGAAGUUUUCUCUCUCCUUCUGCACCUCCGUUCAGUAAAGCUGAGAUUAAAGCUGCCAUGGUUUAUCCCAGAUAGUGCCAUUACCUUAUGUAGGUUCUUACAUGCCCCUUACAUGACUUCAUAGUGUAACCCUGCAAAAUUCUUAGCAAAGUGUACUAGUCACAGUACAAAUGCAGCAACCCAACAAUUAGAAGGCCCCUUCUAAAAACACCGGUCCAUUCCUAGCUUCUGGGCAGUCUACUCUUUCUCUGCAUGGAUUAUCUCCUCUGAAAACCCCUCUUUCCACUUCUCUUCUAAUGUAUCCCAUCAUUCUCACACGUGUGCGUAGGGCUUAGAAAUGUUACCAGUCAUGUAGUAGCCAGAGCACUAAACCCACUAGCCACACAGAUGUGAAAGGUGGGGAGACCUAUAUUUAGGGACAGUUCUACUAUACUCCUGCUUGGCUUUAUGGCUGCUGCAAGUGGGGUGUCUUGUGCUACUCUAUCCUUCCCCCAGCCUUCACUUUGGAGUCCUUCUGUGAACUGAAUAUUUCCUCCAUCUCUGCUGUUGCAUGGAGCUUUCCUAAGAUGUAACAAAAUAAAAUUGGCUCAGUUCUUAUCCAUUUCACAGCUGCUUGCAGAGUAUAGUAGCGGUGAGACUGACAACACCUCUGUUGGUUUUCACUCUGCUGCAGGUGCGUGGAAGAUCUGAGUAACAGCAGAGGCAUCGGAGUGGUAUGCAGACUGACUCUGUACACUCCCCUUGUACGCAGAGAGCUUCUUCACAACUAGAAACUUUUUUUUUUUAAAUGAGAGGUUAGAUCCUGCAGAAGAUGAUUCAUGCUCCCUGGUAUACUUACCAGCCAUGGGCAUGUGGUAAGCCAGGAUGGGUAAGGAAUGAUGUCCCUAGCCUCCAAACAUCCAAUAGGGAAUGAUCCUUCAUUAGCUGAGAGGGACGUAAUUGAUCUCUUCCAUCUACCAUAUGCUCUCGGCUUCUGCAUACCAUUCCGCGCCCAAGCUGUGUGGCUAUCCAGUUCCCUUCUGGGGUGGGUUUGUUGCUACCUGUCUAACUUAUGACUGGAAGUGGCUUCUUUCUUCCCUGGUAAAAUCCCACCAGAUUACUUUCAUGACCUUCUGCCCUGUCUACCUGCAUAGUCAUCUUAUCACUCGCUUCUAGCUUUAACUCAGGCUGCACAUAACUUGACACCUUCACCAGUCCUCUCUUGACCAGUUAAACUUCUGACCUCAUUUUAACUCCCAUCAGCUUAAAGUCUUCAAGCCCCACCUGUUUCUCUUGGGCAAAAGGACCUCGCUCCCAUCCAGCUCCAUAUCCCCACUUGUGGUUUGUGUUUGCUGUCUGGAGCUUUGGCAUCAGAAUCUGAACUCUCCUCUCCUUCCCACAUCCUCUAUGGCUGCAUAUUUGCUUAGAUAAACUUCUUUGUUCUGGCCAUUUUGAGGGAAUAAUCAUGCCCAAUGGGGGGUUAAUUUUGUGAGACUGCUGAGCUAAGGGACUUUGAAAGCUAGUAACUCAUUCCUUCAGCACAUUACCCAUCUCAGUGUUACCUGGGCUGCCCCUCUGCUUAAAUUCUCCUGUUACUUUAGCCAGUGAAUGCAGCCCCUCUCCAAAAUCCACUCACAUCUGCAUAUAUCCUCUGUUUAUCAACCCUAUCCUCAAACAACUCUGCUAGAUCCUUGAGCGUUCAAGAUCCAUUUAAAAAAAUAUGCUUUGUACAAACCCUACCCAAAAUGCCCCUGAAAAGCGGCGUCACCAAGAGGUAUCGCCCCCAAAAUGCCACUGAUUUUCGGCGGCGACACCUCUUGACGUUGCCACUUCUUGGCAGCAUUUUGGCAGAUGCUUGUCCACCGGCCAUGGUCCUUGGUGGCUUGUCGUCUGGUGCCCGCCACCUGGAAAAGCUUGGGGACCACUGCUUCAGAUGAAAGGCACGCUACAAGAUAAAGUGUCUUAUGACCUGGGAACUUCCUCACUGGAACAGCUAUUUAACUAGCUGCCCUUUGGCAGAGGUCGCUCUGCUGCUGCUGGACACACUUGUUUGAAUCAAGACUGUGUCUUGGAGCCCAUCUCUUUCUACCACCUCCCCCUGUGCUAGUGACACGGAAAACAAGCACAAUGUCGCAUUGACAGUGAUGACAUGGCUGCAGGAGCCACUAGCAACAACACAGUGUGAGCGCAAAGCCCUGGUUUCAGUAAGAGCUCUGGCCAUUAGAAUCACAGAAAUGUCGGGCUGGAAGCGACCUUGGGAAACCAAGUCCAGCCCCCUGCGCUGUGGCAGGACCAAGUAAACCUAGACCAUCCCUGACAGGUGUUUAUCCACCCUGUGUUUAAAAUCUUCCAGGGAUGGGGAUUCUAACAGCCUCCCUUGGAAGCCUGUUCUAGAGCUUGCUGCAGACAAGUAAUGGGCCUACAGUGGACAUGGAGAACACUUGAUCCCCACCCUUUUUAGAACCACCCUUAACAUAUCUGAAGACUGGUGUCAGGGCCCCCGUCAUGCUGCUUUCCCCAAGGCUAAA